GAUGGAGAAGGAGGGGGGAGACUAACAGAGCGCGAGCUGUCAGAGUGACACGCGCGGCCGGCGCAGCAUCACUGUCUCUAGGCGAAUCUUUCCAAAUCCCUUUAACAGCAUUCGUCACAUUUGGCUGUUUCUGCAGAGUUUCUCCACCCUUCGUCUCCCUCGUCCUCUAACAGUGUGUGUUGUUUUUCUCAAAGAUGGCCUGCGCGGGGCUCACGGCGGGAGAGUCGGUCGCGAGCCUGAAGAAGGAGAGCGAGACUCUGAAGAAGAAGCUCGAGGAGGAGCGGGGGAAGCUCAGUGACAUCGAGUUAAACCAGGUGGCAGAGAAGGUGGAGGUGCUGGGCGCUCUCGCCAUAAAGACCAGACGUGUGCUGAAGGGUCACGGGAACAAGGUGCUGUGCAUGGACUGGUGUAAAGACAAACGUCGGAUAGUCAGCUCUUCACAGGAUGGCAAAGUGAUUGUCUGGGAUGGAUUCACUCUGAAUAAGGUGAGUAGACGUCUGUGUGGUGCUUUUGUGUGGAUGGGUGGCUCUGAUAGAAAGUCCAACAUCUGGGACAUGCGCUCUGGACAGAACGUUCAGUCUUUUGAGAGCCACGAAUCAGACAUCAACUGUGUGAAGUAUUACCCGAGUGGGGAUGCUUUUGCCUCGGCUUCAGACGAUGCCACAUGUCGUUUCUUUGAUCUGCGCGCUGACCGUGAAGUGGCCGUCUAUCAGAAGGACAGCGUGAUAUUUGGAGCCUCCACUCUGGACUUCUCUCUGAGUGGCCGCCUGCUGUUCGCUGGAUAUAACGACUACACCAUCAAUGUGUGGGACGUGUUGAAGGGAACUCGUGCUUCCAUCCUGUUCGGCCACGAGAACCGAGUCAGCAGAGUGAGAGUGUCGCCCGACGGCACAGCGCUCUGCUCCGCCUCCUGGGACAACACCUUACGGAUUUGGUCCUAGAGCUGACGUCACAGUGAUCCAGUGACGACAGAACCAGCAUUAUACGACUGCCAACACUAAUACAGGAGAGUGUACAUAUAAACAUUCAGUGUAACAAACACACAGAAGCACAGAAAUCAAAAAACAUCUCUUCUGAAAGAGAACAUAUCAUUGUAUCAUAACUGUAGGAUGGGUAUUUAUGGUGACAGAUUGAUAAUGAAUUCAUAUUUAUUGCUAAAAUAGUGUAAAGAUUGUGUCUGCUCUGCCAUGUAGACCUGCAGCUAAUAUAAUCAUUUAAUAAAAUAUAUUAUAAUAUGAUUGUCCAGAAGUAUAUACCAUAGUUGUACACACUGUAUUUUUUGUAGUUACAGUGGCACUCUCCAAAAGAAAUGGUUGUAUUAUCCAAAGGAAGUUUUUUAGCAGCCACUUACUUGUAUAAUGUCAAUAUACUUCAACAGUUUAGAUACAUUUCUUGUGUGAAAAAUAAAAGAAGAUUUUAAGUAU